UUCUUCUUCUUCUCUGCAGUCCUCGUCUAUUGCUGGCCUUUGUAAUCAUGAGUCCUCAUGCCAUCAUUACCAUGAAGGGCCUCUGCAUCUUUUUCUUUCAUAUGCAGAUACAAGCACAGCCACAUUACCCCUUCUAUAUAACUCUCAUUUUAUUUCUCUUAGUUUCUACCAUCAGCUACAAUCCCCCCAACCCCAUCUUCCCUUCUAAGCUUUUCUCCCUCUCUUUUAGGCACCUUUUUACAAGAAAAAGAACAAGCCCCCAUUUCUCUGUGACACAAAACCUGAACUUUAACGAGAAACAAAAUGAGUGCUAGUACAUGUUCAAAACUGAGCCCAUGCAGUCCCUUGUAUAUUGCUUUUAGCAAUCAACAGCCAUCAAAAGGACACAGCCUUCGAUAUCACAGGCUAAACAGGAAGAGAAGGUUGACCAAACAAACUAAGGAGAAGAAGAUGGCUGUACUGGUAAAGAAAGAGAUGGAAAUCAAGAACUUGAAACUGUACAUGGAGAACAAAAGCAUCAUAGAAGAGAAUGAGAAGCUGAGGAAGAAAGCACUCCUUCUACACCAAGAAAAUCAAGCUCUGUCUUACCUGCUCCAAAAGAAGUCCUCCAAUACUCUUCAUGACCACUUGGCUCCCAACAACUAAUAUGACCAUAUAUAUCUAUGUAGGAGAAGUUACUAUAUGCAGAUCGAAUACAAGAGUAUUAAUAGAAAUGAAGAGGAUCAAUGCUUUCUUCAA